GUCUCAUGUCCCCGGAGGUCGAUAAACUGCCGAUGUACAUAGCUUCAUAACAUCAGGAGGCCAUCGAGUCGAGUGACUCGAGUCAGUUACCUACUAGUAAAGUAGAUAGAAUUGUAUUGGACCCUUGAACUGAUACUGUAAUUCUUCCUCUUCAAUCAUGGAUGGCUUUCUUGAUGGAGGCUUGGCUUACAGGUGCAACAUGUACCUAGGUACUGUACUGCCAGCUUGCGGAGGCAGCAGUCCAGUCCAAUUCCUUGGUUCGUUGUCAUCGCCUAUUAUCCAAGGCAAGAAGGGGGCCUCUCUCACCUCACAAUGAAUCACUGCAUUGGGGUUUGGUUCCCGUUCUCUUCUGUACUGCAUGCACUGUAUCAACCCCCUAUUGCCUGCCUGCCAGCCAGCAAAAGCUUCACGUCGCAUGAACCCUCAAAGAAGCGAGCGACUCCGUGUCCGUGACCCCGUCAUGCUCCAAGACGGGGUGACUUGUGCCAGCACUCUGUGCCGGCCUGGCAGCCUCCUCGCAUCAUGCAUGACCUCGGGCACUGGCAGUGACGAGGCAUGAACCUGCAUCGAACCAAAGAUACAGCGAUGAGUCGUUGCGCUGUAUGGCUUCCAUGAAGAGUGCGGGUAACAACAUCACAGCCGCUUGGGCCAGGAACCAUAAACCCACCACCUGAAGGGAACGACGAUUCUAGCAGAUGAAGGAGGAGAGUGUACACGAAACAGAUGGAUAUAUAAACAUGAAUAUAACUGACGGAGCAAUCACCAAUGACUCUCUCCGUACAUCUUCCUCAGAUGUCUCCUUCUCCGAGUGACCAUACCAUGACACUCUGCCCCCCUGUGGUUCUGCCCAACACGGCUUGCACAAUCAAGGUGAAGGUGAAGGAGUGGAAUCAUUCGAUGUUCCACUUCCCCCAAACACAACCAGCACCGCGACAAAUGCAGAAGCGGCACAAAAGGACUCGACCCUCCGGGGCCGAGCGACCAAAGUCAAGACGACACUGAACGCGACGGUGCAAGCCACAAUGGCAACCAUCCUUGUCAAAGGACUGCGAAUGAAGAACAAGCCAAGGGCGCAGCAAGCCGGCAAGACCGAAGCGAGGAUGGUACUCAAAGCAUCCGCGGCCGCCGUGACAUAGUUGUCGGGAUAAUAAAUCACCGGUCCAAGGUCGCCUUCACAGGCCCAAGCUUCCUCGGCGACUGAGAGGGGAUCAUGAACCUUGUGGCCCAUCCAUGGAUGGUAGACGCUCCUGACCAGCUUCUCAAUCAGCUUGGAAAGUCCAUCUCUGUCUAUAUUUUGUCCGGCCAGCGAGGCCAUGUCAUUGAUAUAUUCCUCAUCCCAAAUUCCAGAUUCAUGAGGUUUGAGGAAGGAGAGGCCGCUCCCGAAGGGCUUUUGGAGCAGUUCUUGCAGGGUCGCCAAAGCAUUCUUGUCGGCAGGGGCAAGACGGCAAAGAGCGGCAAAUCGAAGUUGUGCCUCGCCUAGCGAAAAUCAAGGGACCUUGCAGGCCCAUUUAUCAGUCCCAGAUCGCUGAGAUUGAAGUGGUGCAGAAAAAGGGAAAAUAAGGGGGGAAGCAAGGACAAGACCUGCCGUAUUCUUUAAGCUUCGCACGAAGCUCCAUGGUGAGACUCCAUUGUAAUCCGGCCCUCUUGGUCGUAUGAGGCCCCUUUAAUGCCGCGAUGUCGUACUCAAAGGCAUUUCUCAACGGAUCCUUGACCUCCCGGUCCACCUCGAUGGCGGGCAGGAGCUUUUGCUCGAGAUUCACAAUCUCGGCCUGCAUGCAGAGCAGGUCUCGGGAGUGCAGGAUGAGAAACCUCCUGAACACGGCCAGGCUGGGAUACGUCCCGAUUCGGGCUGCAAGGGCAUUGUACCCAUUCAUCUCGGUUCGCGACAAUGAACUUGUGAAAAGUGAUGGAAAGCAGUCAUUUCGACUGCCGGCUUCCUUUGCCUGCUAAGAGACUCGCCGGGGGGUCAGGGCAUCCAUCGCCUGAGGCGACGAGGAUGCUCUGAGAGGCUCUGCGGAAAGGCUCACACGAGGCAACAUCGUGCCUCCUCCUCUCCCUCACCGCGCAGCUCUGCGUUGGCACACAGAGGACAUCGUAGGGACCAGAAGGCAACCAUGCCGUUGGGGGAAAGGUCAGUGAAAAUAAACCGCCAAUGUCACCCUCAAGACCUCGCUUGGGCUGCAAGUGCGGCACCCAAGAUGGCGUUCAGGUCGCCCAGUAGGCGAGAGCAUCACGAACACUUGUUCAUGUGAGUGAUCACAAGUUACAACUUGGAAGACGCCGCCCGGCACGGGCCCUUGGCUGUAGGAUGCAUAGAGCCAAUGGGUGGUGACUUAUCAGCGUGAAUGCGAGCCACCCUUGAACACCAUGCAUGGGCCUGCUGCCACAAUCUGUCAAGCUGCACCGUGUUAUCCGAAGUACUAGUAGCCACAGUGGAGGGCCGCCCUGUACAAGGGGAUGCUUCCAAUCUUGACCACCUUGUUGCGAACAUAAAAGAAUGGAGCUCCCUCUACGAUCUUCAGCAGCAUCUGUUUUCCUUCUUCUUCAACCUCCUUGGUCUUUAAGCCUUACCUGGUAUCGAUCCAAUCAACUGGCGUUCUUGGACCCUGAUCCGCCCGUUUUCCGGUACCAGAUGCGAAACGGACGUUACACCGAACCAAAUAGUCUCUUGCCGCCAAACCCCGCUGAGCCAAAGCAGGCAGAAAAGGGAGCAGAAUGGCCGGUCUUGCAAGGCUCUCUACCCUACCGUCCAGACAGUCGCACUGCGAAUAAGUUCUGGUGGAGAUUUCCUGUCACAUGCUGUUGCUCAUGGAUUGGCUUGACUGUUUUGUAAUCUCACAAUCACAAUGCGUGAAGCAAACCAAUCACUAAUGACAAUAACUUCCUGGUUUGUCACGAACAGGGUUGGUGAGUAAGAGUACUCGCAGAGAAGAAAGGAGGGAAAAAGUGAGAGAGCAAAAGAUGUGGCUGAGAAGAGACUCCGAGUCCGGGUGUUGUGUGUGGCUUUACCUUUUGGGUGGCUGUGUCUGGUUUUCCUUUGCUUCCACACUGGCAGGGGGGUCGGGCACCCUUUUUGAACACUGGCAGUACAUUACCGAGCCUAUGUCAGCCUGUUUGUUCAAAGAAGACACCUAGUGUCAGCCACCACGUCUCCCUGCUGACUUCUGAUGAAGCAUGGAAAAGGGGUUGCCAGUGGUUGGUCUCGAAGCCAGCAUCCCUGACAUCGUUCGGAAAUCCAACACCGCAACCACCGCUCAGUUAAUUGCGGUGAUACGGGUCAAUAUGCUUCAUGCAAGGGCAUUGACUGUUCCAGCACAUUUCGCCCAUAAUGGCUGAAACUGUUAUGCUGGCCUUUGGACACGCUUGCUUUUGUGUUGUUCCGAGUUUCUUGGCCUCACAAUCAUGGAACAGAGAGAUCUGAUCGAAGCCCGGAUUGCGUGCGCGGCAUCAAAACCACCCUUAUCUUCUACCAUUACCAAGUGUCCAAAUUUCCGGCCCCAGGAUCACUCCCGGUCACCACCCAGUCACUGCCGUGCAGUCUCAUCCUGAGGAAAAACAAGCUCUGGCGGUUGGCCUUCAGCUUCCGGUUUUCAGGCACCCGCCAACCCCAUCUUGGACUCUGUGGCUUUCCAAUCCUGGUCAAUUCAGAUAUGACGGACUGCUUUUUAGGACUUAUUCUCUUCAUGGCCUGCCGCACCUUCCCAGAGGCGGCUUAGAGGAAUGGUACCUACUCAUGAUGGCCAUGGCAGUGGCUGUCAUCGCAGCCAAACGGGUCCCCUGCCGGCGCCAUCACUUCGGCGCAGUUGGCGACUCGUCAGUGAGUCUCGGGGAGCUUUUCACGUCUAACCAGGUGGCUGACAUCAAAGGUAACCGGUCUGUAAGUUCUAGAAAAGCCUCUUACACCAACGUGGAGUUUCACACUGUCAACGGAUUUCGGUGAGAGAAUACCUUAUGCGACAGGGCAGGAGUUACUUGAACCAUGACUCGAGCAACACCUUCACGCAACCAGUCGUUGUCCGGUCGACUCGAGAGCAAUUUACGACUUUUGCCAGCCCGGGGGUGUCAUUACGUGUUUCCGGUUCAGGAUGCCAUCAGAGCAGAUUUCUUACGUGACAAAACCGAUGGGAAUUAAUUCGUCCGCGGCGACGACUCCAGUCAUUCCGGUACCUGCGUCUGGUACCUUAGUCGGGGAGUAACACUUCGGAUGUCCUGUUCUAUCUGCGUCAGCUAGUACCAGUGCCAGUGGGACUCGCCGGGGAAGUGAGUAGCUCCCUCUAUGCCAGUGAGUCUCCCGGUGCCAGUGGAUCUCCCGGUGCAAGUGGCUCUUUCGCUGCCAGUGCCCACCAACUUGUUCUAUGUUGGCCCCUUUUGCGUUCCUUUGCGCCGCAGUGUUGAGUUGCUGAACCUGAACAGUGAACUCAGUUGUCCACGCGUUUGUAACAAAGUCUUUCUCUUUCUAUCUCCUUUCAUUUAGCAGGUGCUACCUGACACCCCAUUUUCUGACCCUUUCGUUGCAUUCCGCGCCCCGGCAUUGUGCAUCACCUCGCCACGUCGACAGUAUGGCUCUCAAUAUCAGCGUCAAGAUUACAGACCUAUUUGAGAAUCGUCCUUUGCCCGAUACCUCCAUCGAUAUCUCCAUAUCCGCUGAAAAUACUCGCAUCAACGUGGUAAUCGACGUGAAAAAGCCAAUAAUGCAGGACAAGGCUCAAACAAAGCUAAAGGAUAAUGGUCUGGGGAAGACAAAGGAUAUUCGAGCUCAGGGCGGCGCCCAGGACUCUUGCGAAGAGGCAUUCUGGCGGUCAAAUGGGCCUGGCUAUUCAGGGCUUCGGCAGACACCACAACCGUCAGGCGGUGUAAGAGCAAGCCUUGCAUAUAAUGUAACUGGCAACCUUUCUGUAGCCGACCGGCAACAGAUCAACGCCAAGGACAACAGCCUGACGGCGUUGCUGGAACUGACCAACGGCUUACGCGCGUUGGUUCAUGUCGAAGGGCCCCCUCACUCAUGCUGGGAUGGUGCCCGACAGUUGCAGCAGGGCUGCAGAUCGUCUGAAUUGAGUCUGCUUCCUCUUUCCGCGCCCUGCUGCGCCAGCGCCACAAAAGGGGAGAUAGACCAGUACAGAGAUCUGAAUACCAUUGUGCGCACUCCUGCUGGACUGCCUGACGGCCUCACUGUAAGCAUGGACACAUGUGCAGAUGGUAGCAUCAUCAAGAAGAAAAUGGCCAUCUCUCUUGGUGUUUACCAACAGCUGAAUCCGAGAAAUUCGAAGGAAUUGCGACUCCCAGGAGGCUUGAAGGUCAGAUCCGAUGGAACAGUGAAGAUAGCUUUUCGGCCACGCUGUAAGGCAGAAUACAUCGAGGAAGACUUUCAUGUGGUCGACGAGCUCCCUGGCCACCUGGCAAUCCUUAGCGUGACCUUGACCAAGCACCUUGGGCACCUAAUACGUGUGAUUUGUCCAGGUUGCAAGGACAAAGGGUGGCAGGAGGUGAAGAAGAGUGGUCAGUAGAAGCCGCCGUGCGAAGGCUGCAAGCAGGGAGGGUUGCUUGGAACUUUGAUUUGUUGGUUUCGUGGCCUGGACUCGGUUCCCUAGUCACCGGCCGCCUGCCACUGUUGUAGAGGGAGGUUUUUUCACAAGGCCAGAAUAGACGCAUUCAGACAAGCGAAGAUCAAGAUAAAACUGGGGCCAGGGGUUUGAUUCGGCCUUUGUGCUUGAACAUAGGGCAAUAUAGUGGUCGGUUCAUCCCGCAAGGGUUGAUCAAUGUUGGCUCAAUAUACCCAUCUGAUGGCA